UAACCUACCAAAGCUGCACAGCAAAACACCGCCUCUUUCGUAAAGCAGAGUCCGCAUACGCCGUUUGCAUUCGCUUGAACUCUGUUCUGUUGCCUCCACAAACCAAACCAGGCCCAAGUAGUACAGUGAAAACGAAAUUGAAGUAUAGCUAGGUGAAAGGAAGUAGUCAAGUACAAGAGAAUGGCGAAGUCAUUGAGAUCAAAGAGGGAGAAGAGGCUGAGGGCUAUUCGGAGGGAGAUUGUUGAACCUUUCUAUGACAAGAAAGAAGCUGCUAAGCUCGCUGCCCAAGAGGCCGCCCUUGCCGCACCUAAGCUGGAGGUUCCUUCGAAACCAAAUACUGCCAUGGAAGCGUCCACUUCCACUAACAACACCAACAUGGAUGUGGAGAUGGCUGAUGGCAGUCAAAGCAUGGCUUCCUUAAAGCCUGUUGGUGGAAUAGGGAAGAAAUCCAAAAAUAAAUUGAAAUUGGCUAAAAAGAAACGCCGUGGUAAUGGAAAGAUCAGGAGAAACCGUAAGAUUUGACUCCAAGUAAAGAAUGGUAAGGAUACCUCAUUUAUGUCCAACAUGAAUUCUUACAUUAUAUCUUUCCAUUGCACAAUUAGUUUUUUAUUUAAAAAUAUAGCCAUCAGAUUUGUAUUUUGAGGAACUCUAGUUAUUCAAUUAUCAAGUUUUUAAUAUUUAACAUUAUAUUUAACUAGAUUAGAUUGAUCUGUUUAAAAGUUUGUAAGUAGGUCCCUGAAUUUAUUUUCAUCUGAAGCAUGUUGAAUAUUUUUUA